GGAGGAACUGAGGUGGGGAAGUGGGCGUGACCGAAGAGCCUAUUAGAUAAAACCCAGAAACGCAACAAACGCAUAAGAGAGUAGAAGAGGCAGAUUGCGGUAAAUUAAAAAGGAAACAGAAGAAGAACUCAUAACAGAGAAGCUGGAGAAAGGUUGCAAGAAUGUUGAACCACACAGAUCUCCUGAGAAAUGAUUCAUUCUCGUGUGCCUCCCCGUCUGUGGAGGGCUACCGUUAUUUUGGGGUCCUGUUGGGAUCAGCUGUCACCAUCGUAGGAACGAUUGGGAAUAUUCUGACAGUGCUUGCCUUCGCUACAGACACCAACCUGAGGACGCGUUUCAACGUGCUCAUUGUAAACCUGGCCUUUGCUGACAUCCUGUACUGUACUAUGCUCCAACCAGUCAGCGUGGACUCUUACCUGCACCUGCAAUGGAGGGGCGGAGCCUUGUGGUGUCAGAUGUUUGGACUCCUGCUGUUUCUGUCGAACAGCGUGUCAAUUAUUACAUUAUGUCUCAUCGCUAUGAGCCGUUACCUGGUUGUUGCUCAUCGCACAACGCGCUGCGCCCGUCUGCUGUUGUCCAAACGUGGCGUGGCUGCGCUCGUCGUCUCAUCCUGGGCACUGGGUCUGGCCAGUUUUGGUCCACUUUGGCCAGUCUAUGUGUUCGCACCACAAGUCUGCACCUGCAGUUUUCACCGCACGAAGGGACGGCCUUACACCACGGUGCUGCUCUUCUUUUAUUUCUUCCUGGGCUUGGGCUUCGUAGGGCUUUUCUACUUUUUGAUCUACCGCAAGGUGCGCGUGGCCUCAAAGGCGUUUCUUAAGUACAGGCCAGGUCGAGGAACGUCCAAACGCAAACUAGCAGAAGCUGAGAGGUCCACAGAUGAUAGCGGGAUCAGUGCUGGUGCAUCAACAACCCAAAGCACUGAGAUCAGCAAUGGGGUAGGAGCGGAGCAGCACGUGCCAAAAGCAUCUGAAAGCAACUCUGAGGUCAGCAAAACCACACAAGAGUCACGAAACGCCCCAGAUGUAGUGAAGCCAUCUCCGGUACAAAUCCAGACCACUCCUGCGUCCACCACAGGAGAGGACAAUGAAUUUAAACGCGUGACACGAAUGUGUUUCACGGUCUUCAUGUGUUUUGUGGGCUGUUUUGCCCCAUUUCUGUUACUGAACGUGGCUGAUAAGGCAAACCGCGCUCCGCAGGUGGUUCACAUGUUCUGCGCAAAUCUUACUUGGUUAAAUAGUUGCAUUAACCCUUUGUUGUACGCAGCCAUGAACCGCCAAUUUAAUCAGGCCUAUAAAGACCUACUACGGAAAGCCGUACACCCAAUAACCUCGAUUUGGAGAUCUCAACGAUUCACAACGGGAGUUCAAUGAAAAAUGGGAGACUGAAAGUCAUUUUAAACUAUAAUGAUCCACUCCAAGCAACUUUUGCACUGAAGUCAUUUGUGGGCAUUCAAUGAACUCGUUUCUUAACAUAUACAAAAUGAAGACUGUGAGACUUUCAUUUUUCUGGUGAACAACAUCACAGUGGAUCUGUUAAUAUAUUACUGAUGAUAUUAUAAGCACAAGUAUUUUUUGAAGUAUUUUAAUCAACUCACAAUUUAAUUGUUUGUUGUUACACUGUAAAACAAAGAUUGGUUUAACUUAAAAAAGUAAGUUAUCUGGUUGCCUUCAUUUUAACUUAAAAAUAUUAGUUAACUCAAAAAAAGUAAAGUUGCGUAAAAAUUUGAAUUAACCUAACUAAAUUUUAAGGCAACUAGGUAACUUAAAAAACUUACUUUAUUAGGCUGAACCAACUUUUUUAUGCUUAUAGAUAUGCAUUUUAUAAUCUCUGUGAUAUUUUCUGUAUAAGUUAAAAAUGUUUGCUUGUAUGGUAUAAAAAUCUAUAAAAAGUGAAAGUUGGAUUAAUUUAAAAAAAUAACUAAUUUUUUUUACUUACAUUUUCUCAGUUUAAGUAAAAAAUGUGUUUACAUUUUUAGGUGUUACCACUUGAAGUAAUUUUAUAAAGUUUUUUUACUGUCAAUUUUUCACAGUGUAAAAAUUUAAGUUGAUAAAACAUACAUUUUUUAAGUGUUACCAAUUGAAGAUGAAAGUGUUCUUUAUUUAGGCAUACAGUCAAUGCUUUGUAAGCAUUUAUUUUUCAAGAUGUGGGAUUUUCCAGCUUUAACAAAGAUGUUAAGUUUGUAACUGACCCCACAAACACUUUCUCCUGAGUUCCUGUUUGUCACAUUCGUAAACCCAUGAACAACCGAAAAAUGGGAACAAACUGGAGCGUGCAACAGCUUCAUUAUAUCACAUGGAAAACCUUUUUUUUUAACCAAUUUUAGUAUUUAUACUGGCCAUAUAAUAAAGCUAUUAUACAUUUUCUAUGAAAUAUUUUUUAUCGAUCUAUAUUUUAUAUUUUGCACAUCUAAUCUGUUUUUUAAUAUUGCUAAAUUUGUUACAUCAAAUUUGUAAUGACAAGCAACAAUUUAUGUAUGAUUUAGUUUGAAAUUGAAUUCACUUUAAAUACAUUUAAUAAAAUACAACGUAACAUUA